AUGGCCAUGGAGGGCAUGAGCGAAGCACAGUUCAACCAGACUCUUCAGCAGAUUAACGACAAUAUCAACGACGACGACAAAGAAUUGUUUGUUGCCAUUGUCGCUCUCGUCAUCUCCAUCGUCGCCUUGCUUGCAUCCCUCCUGCAGGUUGCACAACAAUAUUUCGCUUCCGCCGCUGGCUAUUCGAGUUGUGGCAGCAAGGUGAUAGGAAAAUGGUCCGAAUCCAAGCAGCGCAAAAUCAAGUUCACCGAGUUCCGAUUCGAGGUCCUUUUCGAAGCUCCCGUCAUUUUCCUAUGCCCUCCGACUAAUAAGAAGGGCCCCGUCAAAGACGAGCCCAUUAUAUUCAUCGACGGCUCGGAAAAGAGCUUGCUGGACAGCCGGUCCGAACUUCAAGAUCAGAAGGAUGUUUCCGACAAGGAGCUUGCGAAACAGUCAGUCCAUACGGCUGACAAUGAGCGAGCUUCGUGGGUGGCGCUCCUCUCUGCCCUGCAAAAAAUGGAACAUGAAUCUAGGGAAUGGCAAGAAAGACAAUAUACCGAAAAAGUCUACCAAAAGCCACCCAAGGGAUCUGACCAGCUCGAGAGCCAGGAAAACGUUGCCAGCGUCCUUAAAGAAGUCAGUGACAAGUAUACUCUGACGGUCGCCAUUCAGAAGAAGCGUAGGAGCUGGGAUACGAUGCCCACCAACGUCAAGAAGCCAUACGCCACAACGACGUGGUGCCAUAUGGUCGAAAUGCUGGCCAUGCUCGGCGUUUACUGGGUCGAAUUCAAUAGGACCAACGAUAGAUACCGUGCAGAAGGCAAUGGCUACACCAUCACGGGGGAGAAGGUCAGCGAUCUUGGUAUCAUGUUCACAUUCCAGGUUUAUGGACGCAGUCGAUUUGAGAACAACCGUGUCAUACCCGUGGACGAGACCAAGGAGCUUUGCUUUGGCUUUCUCCCAACUAUUUACCGGGCGACGUCGGACAAUCGACGUUUGAAGUUUCCCAACGAUGAGCCCCGCGACCUGUCGACCCUUAACUUCGCCAGUAACCAUGAAAUCGCUGAAACGCUGGUUUUGAUCGGCUGUAAUACCAAUACCGUCAACUACUUUUCCACCACAUCGACAGCCAGGGUUGGCCAUUUGUUUCCUGUUGCUUUCGAGAUCGUAGGCAUGCUUGGACGUACACUCCACAUUGAGAAAAGCGCAUUCCGUUUACUUCCCAAUCCUACUCACUAUCGAUGGGAUACGAAAAACUUCUCCUUAACCAAACUACUGGAAGCGUACACCAUGCAAAUGAAUAAACUCAAGUCGGAUCAGCCAACUCCUAGCCUUGUCGGCAGAGCCAUUCGGAGGAACAUCCGAAAGAUUAAUGGGCUGAUCAAGACGCACACUGCCGCCUCUGGCAACUGGUUGAGCCUGCCCCUCAUGGAUGCUCUACACGAGGCUCUUGACGACACCGAUGAGAUUUUGACGGCAAGGGCGAAGGUAUCUCGGCCAACAGCGCCUCCACGGGUCGACUCGAUGAUGACCGCAAAGCCCUCGGUUUUUGAGGGUAACCCUGAAGGCGCAGUUGAGAGCGCACGACGUGAGAUGGUGCAAGAUGUGUUACGCAGUCAUAUUCAAGAGGUCCUAGGAGGGUUCAACGAGAAGCCGGAAAAGACGGCACCGAAACCUACAGGUACCGCCGCCACAAUGGAAAACAGAGUGAGAAGUCAGCUUCGAUUUGAGGAUAUCGAUGCGGCACCACCAGAACUAAAGCAAGAAAAACUCAUGGAGGUUUACUUCCGCUUGGUGCGGAGAAAGGUCAUCGAAGUGUCUCGAGAAUCGUCAGAUAGGCGCGAGCAGCCUACUGUGGGCUUUGGCGGUCUCAAAAAACGGAACCAAACCAACUUCAGUACCCGGACCGUCGAGACAAUAGACGAUGAUGAACCAAUACUGCUGCACGAGUUGGGCGAGGAGCACGUCACCCACGAGGAUAUCUGGUGCACUCUCGUUUUCCGGAUGAUUUGUUGGCUCAUGCUACACGAUUUCCACAAGAAAGAUGUCCAGGUAUCGAAGAGCGAACUUUUGGGCAGCCGCUUGCCGGUAUAUAUCUCAUAG